AUGGGCUUCAGCGAGCUGUUGCCGUUGGGAUUGCGCGUCGUUGCCGUUGAGUUCGGUCGACUGGUGUCGUCCGAGAGCUUCACACUGGUUUCACCCGUGACACUUCCUCCUUUAGACGAGCGUUAG